AUGUCGAGCCUUGAUGGAAGGUCCGUCCUCAUUACCGGGUCAGCAAGAGGUAUUGGCCUUGCGUGCGCUACGAAACUGGCCGAAGCUGGAGCGAUUGUCACCAUAUCCGAUGUUCGAGCCGAGACAGGCGAAGCCGCCGCACGAGAGCUGACUUCAAGAGGUUUCCGUGUCCAAUUUGUGCAGAGCGACGUGACUUCGCACUCAUCGCAAGUCGCUUUGUUCAAAAGCGCCAUUGCAUUUGGCGGGGGCAAGAUCGACAUCGUCGUACCAAAUGCUGGCAUCUGCGCAGAGCAGAAUUUGUUCGAUAUGAUCCCAGCCGAAAAGCCGGACCUUGAUAGCGAGCCACCGGAGCCGGGCUACAGUACGAUGGAGGUCAAUCUCAAAGGGGUGUACUAUACCUGCUAUCUCGCACUCCACUACUUCCGUCUGCCUCGAGAUUCCUCGUUUGCCCCCUCCAUCAUCUUCAUCGCCUCGCUCGCGGGCUAUGUCGGAUUUCCAUCGAGCGCAACAUACAGCAUGUCGAAAUUCGGUGUACGUGGGCUAUUCUAUGGCACACGAGAUCGAGCUGCCGCAGCCAGCCCUCCAGUCCGCACCAACCUGGUAGCACCUUGGUUCAUUCCAACGGCGAUGACGGCAGACGAGAACUUUGUGGCCAGCGAGGCCGGCGCCAUGAUGAAGGCGAUGGGCUCUGCGCAGCUUGACGGCGUAGUGCAGGCAGUGAUGCAUUUCAGCGCUGAUGAGAGUGCUCACGGACGGGCCGCCGGCAUCUUCCCUCAACAGGUGCUCGAUCUGGGAGAUGAUCUCGAAGGCGGGUUUGCGGGUCAGAGAACCCAGCAGGGCAUGCUUGACAUCGUGGCUGCGAUGGCGGCUGCGGCGGAGAAACAGGGCGAGGAACUCACGAGACAGGACAGCGCGACUGGAACUGAGGCAGGCAAUUUCCUAGGCAUGGCGAAAUGA